UCACAUCAUGAGUCUUUUCUUAUAAAAUCUCAAACUUUUCUUCACAACUUCAGAACGUCUCUCGGGCGACACCAGACUUGAGAUUGUUACCACGUGUACUCUCCUCUUCAUCAUCACGCAUUGCAUAAAACACUACACCGAGCACUCAACGACAACGACAAACAUCAACGACCAUCAUCAUCACCAACAGCAAAAACAACCAACAAUGCCUUCAUUCACCAGAUCUUUGACAAGCAAAAUCAAGACAAAGCUUAACUCGUCUCCCGCCUCUCCGACGCCCUCCUCAACCCACUCCCGUCAAAGUACCGCAGACAGCGGCAUCGCCGUUUCCCCAACAAAGCCCAAACCCAGCUCAAACAUGACGCGUCCAGGAGGAUUCUCCGCAAACCGUGGCCAAACGUCCUUGGACGUCAUCCCCUCCACACCCGAUCACUCAUCAACAGGCGACAAACGCCGCUCGGUGGACCACCAACAGACGCACAUGUACUCCCCCGCAACCUACCACUCCCCGUCCACCGCCCCUUCCUCCCCCGAAUCCCUCUUCGACUCCUCAUCCCCUCGCAACUUUGUGGGGAGGAAGUUGAGUUAUGAGAGUGAAGUGAGUUCGAUUUAUCCGGAAGACGAUGGAGGCGCGAAAGAGAGGAUGAGGAUGGAUGAUUUGAGGGAGGUGGAGUGGUUUGAUGAGCGGAUUAUGGGGUUGAAGAAGUAUAGUGCUGAUGACUAUAUCAACGACCUCGAAGUCAACUGAGAUCCUUGCACGUAAGGGAUACGUACGAUAUAAUAUCGACGGCGAGGAAGGCGAGACUGGUGUAUUAGUUAUUGGCGUUAUAUGGAUAUACCUUUGACAUUCUUUGGGUGAGGUUUUGGAUCUGUGA